GUUUGAAUGUGGCAACACUGUGGUGUGGCGGGGGCGGCGGCCGCCAGUUUAAAGCUGCGGCCGCCACGGGCACCCAGGGACGCCGCCACCACCACCAUGAACGACAGGGACACCUUUGAAAUGUUUGACUAUGAUAAGAGGCUGAAGAGCUUCAAGAAGUGGCCGUUUGGCAGCGAUACAGGAAUGAGCAAAGAAAAGAUGGCUGCAGCUGGAUUCUACUUCACCGGCAGUAAGAAAGAACCUGACCUUGCCAAAUGUUUCGUGUGUCACAAAGAGCUUGAUGGCUGGGAGGAGCAGGAUGAUCCUUGGGAAGAACACAAAAAGCAUGCACCCUACUGUCGGUUCACAAAGCUUGAUAAGCCAGAGAGCGAGAUGUUGUUUCACGAGUUUCACGAGAUGGAAUCUGAACGACAAAACAACUUGGUAGCAAAGUUUGUUACAAGGAAGAUAGACGAGUUCAAGAAACAAGCGGAAAAGACACGAGAAGGCUUACAAAAUCUAAUCUAGUUUCAUUUGAACUUUACAUACAGUAUAUAUUAUAUUAAUAAGGCAUUUUAGAUAUUUUAACAUUUACAAAUUUAUGAAAAUUUUAUAAGCUGCUAAAACCAUUUAUUAAAUUUUGAAAUAAAUUUUUGUACCGAG